AUGUCUCUGAAGGACGAUUUAGAUGACUACAAACUCGACACUACUUUCCAGAGCGAUCCCAAAUGCGUCAUACACAAGUUCUAUAAGGUCCAUCGAGCUCGCGGGUUCCGUAAGGUUGAGGUGCUGGAGAGAUGGUUUCCUCAAGGAAAGGUCCUCGGUGCCGGUGCCUUUGGCACGGUCCGCCUGGAGAAACGAGCACCUUCCGACGAUCAUGAAGGUGCAUUAAGGGAUCUACGAGCGGUCAAACAAUUAUACAAAUGGCAGCUGGACCGAUUGAAGGUAGAUUUUCGGAAGGAGUUAUCAGCGUUGAUCAAGUUCUCACGAACAAAGUUCCGUCAAUACGAAGUGUUUGUGGAGUUCUGGAACUGGUAUGAGAAUGAGGAAUCCAUCUUUCUGGCCAUGGAAUACUUCCCAUUAGGGACACUCGGCGCAUUCAUCGAAAAGAAAAUCAACGAGAAUGACACCCGAAGCAUAGCGACCCAACUAUUAGAAGGAUUGCAUAUCAUGCAUUCACAGGGCUUUACGCACAGAGACUUAAAGCCAGAAGCAAGAUUGGAAAACCCCUGCAAACAAAUCUCUAACAUCUUCGUGGUACAAGUAUCACCUCAAUGGGCGAUCAAAAUCGGAGAUUUCGGGAUAACCAAACGAGUUUCAAAUAAUAAUACUAUCAUGCAGACUGCUACAGGAAGCCCCAACUACCUCGCCCCAGAAGUCUACGGGUAUGUGCCUGUUGCAGAUGCCGAAAGCUCUGCAUAUACAAAUGCGGUCGACAUAUGGUCAUUUGGGUGUGUGAUAUAUGAGAUAUUUGCUACCAAUGUCCCAUUUCCGUCCUAUCCACAUGAUCUUAUGAAAUUUUGUCGGGGUGGGCCAUUUCCUGAAGGGCCAUUGGUGGCCCGAGCUAGCAAAGAAGGCAUCGACUUUGUGAAAUCGGCUCUACAGCCCCAUCCACUACACAGACUUGCAGCCUCUCAGAUGCUAGAAGCUACGUGGCUGCAGAUUCAAGACUCCGAAUAUCCGGGACAGCCUCCAGAUAUUGAUCACAUAGGAAGCCCAAUCCCGGGACCGGGAUCCACUGAGAGCACCGCGGCACCCGAGACCGAAGAGAGCGAGGAUAUAGAGAACGAGAACGAGAACAAAGAGGGUGACCAGACCAUCACACGCCUUAAAAAGGUGGUCAUGCCGCCGCUCAAACGUUUUGCUGCACUCUCGGAUACUCUCAACUCGCCCGCAAUCUUUGAAGACACGAACAUUGACGAGUCAAAAACAGCUGACAUCAGUGCUUCUACGUCAAUUUUACCUAUGAUAAACACAAUAGACCGACGAUCACCAGUAUAUGAAAAUGAGAUAGAAGACAUAACGAACAAUGUUCUUAACCCUAGAGCUAGACCUUCGUUGCCCGCCAUCGUGUGCCUACCCGAAGGUCCACCUGACUCAGUCACUAUACCGACCAUGAACGUCGAUAGAGGACAAGCUCUCAGCUCGAAAAGAGCCAGACAUCGCUGUUGA